AUCUGCGGGGUGUGGAAGAAUCUUCCCCAAUCCCACGUGCGACAGCUACAGGCAGAACAACUUCGGGUUACUAUGACAACAGCCACCGGUAGACGGGAGGAGAUCAAAGGAAAGAUCAUCAAACACAGAGCACUGUUCGCAGGUGAGUGAGUGUGUGUGUUUGUGUGUGUGUGCAUGUAUUUGUGGGUGCAUGAAAGUAUGUUUGUGUAUCUGUUUAAAUGUGGGUAGAAGUAGUCUCAAUAUUUCCAUGAGUUAGGAUUAAUGUACAUAUGUGUACAGGUAACUGCCAAAAUAAAGAACCCACUUUAGUAAAUGAGGGGUACAAUGUACAAUACAUUUGUGUACAUUUCAAUGAGGACAAACCUUCAGUAACCGAAUGCAGUCAGAAGAAGGUGGUGUGUGUAUAUAUCAUGUGUGUUUAUAAUGUGAGUGUGAUAUCUGUGUGACCCCGCAGAGACGUUCAGCUCCACUCUGACCUCAGAAGAGGAGCAUUCUGGGAUGGGAGGCAUCGCCAUGCUGACUCUGAGUGACACAGAGAACAACCUUCACUUCGUCCUCAUACUGCAGGGACUGAUGCAACAUAGAGAGAGAGGUGAGAGAGGGAGAGAGAGAGGGAUGGGGGAAGAAUGAUACAACAGAGAGAGAGGUGAGAGAGGGAGCGAGAGAGAUAGAGUUGAGAGAGAGGGAGGGAGGACUGAUACAACAUAGAGGUGAGAGAGGGAGGGAGGACUGAUACAACAUAGAGAGAGGUGAGAGAGGAAGGGAGGACUGAUACAACAUAGAGAGAGAUGUGAGGGAGAGAGAGAGAGGGAUGGAGGACUGAUACAACAUAGAGAGAGAGAUGAGGGAGAGAGGGAUGGAGAAGUGAUACAAAAUAGAGAGAGAGGUGAGAGAGGGAUGGAGGACUGAUACAACAUAGAGAGAGAGGUGAGAGAGGGAGGGAGGAGAGAGGGAUGGAGGACUGAUACAUAGAGAGAGGUGGGGGGGGUGGAGGGAGGACUGAUACAACAUAGAGAGAGCGGUGAGAGAGGGAGAGAUGGAAGGAGGAAGGACUGAUACAACACAGAUAGGUGAGAGGUGGGGUGGAGGGAGGACUGAUAUAACAUAGAGAGAGAGGUGAGAGAGGGAGGGAGGACUGAUACAACAUAGAGAGAGGUGAGAGAGGGAGGGAGGACUGAUACAACAUAGAGAGAGAAGUGAGAGAGGGAGAGAGAGAAGGAUGGAGGAAUGAUACAACAUAGAGAGAGAGGUGAGAGAGGUGAGAGAGGGAGGGAGGGAGAGAGGGAUGGAGGACUGAUACAACAUAGAGAGAGAGGUGAGAGGGGGAUGGAGGACUGAUACGACAUAGAGAGAGAGGUGAGAGAGGGAUGGAGGACAUAUACAAUAUAGAAAGAGAGGUGAGAGAGGGAGAGAGAGAGGGAUGGAGAACUGAUACAAUAUAGAGAGAGAGGUGAGAGAGGGAGGGAGAGAGGGAUGGAGGACUGAUACAACAUAGAGAGAGAGGUGAGAGAGGGAGGGAUGGAAGGAGGGAGGACUGAUACAAUACAGAGAGGUGAGUGGGGAGUGGAGGGAGGGAGGUCUGAUACAACACAGAGAGAGAGAGAGAGGUGAGAGAGGGACGGAGGAGAUACAACAUAGCUUAACAUUUCAGCUUAAUGGAGCUUCUGCUGUAUUGCCUCUAUCCUGUUCCUUCACUGGAGACUAGGAGGACUAGGAGGACUAGGGAACAACUUAUGGGCUAAGAUACUAGAGGUUGUUUUGGGACUGGGGACUAGGGAGUAAUUUAGGGGCUAAGAGACUAGAGGUUGUUUUGGGGCUGGGGACUAGGGAACAACUUAUGGGCUAAGAUACUAGAGGUUGUUUUGUUACUGGGGACUAGGGAGUAAUUUAGGGGCUAAGAUACUAGAGGUUGUUUUGGGGCUGGGGACUAGGGAGUAAUUUAGGGGCUAAGAUACUAGAGGUUGUUUUGGGGCUGGGGACUAGGGGGUAAUUUAGGGGCUAAGAGACUAGAGGUUGUUUUGGGACUGGGGACUAGGGAGGAACUUAGGGGCUAAGAGACUAGAGGUUGUUUUGGGGCUGGGGACUAGGGAGGAACUUAGGGGCUAAGAGACUAGAGGUUGUUUUGGGACUAGAAGAUUGUUUUGGGACUAGGAGGUCUAGGGAGUAAUUUAGGGUAGUAACUCAGGGGCUAAGACAAGAGACUAGAGGUUGUUUUGGGACUGGGGACUAGGGAGUGCUGUGAGGCAGUGUGAUGUGGUUAUAAGUUUGUUCUGUGUGCUCUCUCUCGGCCCUGUAGACUCCCCCCUGGUGCCCAUCCUGGUACGACUGCAUUACCGCCAACAUGUCCUGAGAGAGAUCCGUGCCAACGUCACCGCCUAUGUAUGUUAUAUAAACUACACGCACGCACACACACACACACUCUCUUUCUCUUUCUCUCUUGGGCACAGAUCUAGGAUCAGCUUGUCCUCACCAAACCAGAUCCUAACCUCAACCAUUAAGG